AGUUGGUUUGUUUGAUUGGUUACUCGCAGUAGUUGGAAUUUCGAUGGGAAGUGUAACAAGUCAUUUGUCACGUUGUGUGUAUAUCUAUGUAUCCUGUUCAUCACUAGGAAAGAAAUGGGAACGCUUUUUGUGGAAACACGAUGAUUUUCUAAGGAGAGUACGAGUAUCUAUACUAGGUUUUCUAUUCCAGGAACCAAGUUGGUAUGUCUUUAUAGAGUUGUUUUUACAUGGUGAGGUAACUAGUUGAGAAUUUCUUUUGCUCGAAAGAAAUAAAAGGGUGUAACUACUUUUGUAUGGUCAACUGCAAACUGUUCUUAACGAUAAUUCUGUCAAUUUUAAACUUGCGACUAUGUUUUGGAAAAAGCUCAAUCACUACAAGUAAUACCCAACUAUGAUUGCUGCUUCCAACUCACUAGAGUCUUUCUUUUUUGGAGUUGUUUCAAAACAAAGUUGUGUAUGUUUACACAACGACUCUUUAUCCCUUUUUUGUUGAAUGAGAAAACUACAAGCUAGGGAAUGGUGCUAGAAGGUUGACUUGAUAUUUUUCCGAUACAACUUGAGAAAGUUUGAUGGUUGUAACUUUUUCAGCAACGUACUAAAGCAACCAUGUUGGGACCAAGGUUCAAAGAAUAAUCAUCCAAUCAUUUGAAAUGUUGAGGACACCAUGUAGAGUUUGAAAUUUUUGUUGUACUUUUGUGUCAAAGGACAAGUUAUUCAAGUAGUAACUCAACUUUUAGGUUACAUUUUUUUGAGUGUUUUUUGUUCUAUUUUUUCACAAAUAGUCUUGCCUUGUCAAGUAGAAGAGAGAGAGAGGAGGGGUGUGAGGGUUUAUCCUCCUUUUUUUUAUUGUAUAGAGCUAUGAACUCUUCUUCUUUAUGUGUGUGUGUAUACAAUAGGGAGUAUUGGAAAUGUUCU